AGGUUCACUGCUGAGUAGGCGGAGCUGAGUCUCUCCGCCCCCGAGGGGACGCGCGCCCCUUCCUAACAGCCACUGCGCGGACUUCCGGUUUCGGCCGGAAGUUGUGGUUACUAAGGCGACGCAACGCCGCCGGGCCAGCUUCAUAGAGUUUCAUAGAGGUUCCCAGUGCCACCUUCUGUCAUGUCAUUCCUCAGAGGACGUCAGACCCAGAAGAUAAGGCUGCCCAUUAGUACACGAAAAGGACCACUGGAGGUGCCACUCCCAACAGAGAAGGACUGGCCUAAAGAUGACGAAGAGGACCAUGUCCUUGUGGAUCCAGAUGAGGAGCUGGAUUCCCUGCCUCAGCCUUAUCGAAUGAUCAACAAGCUGGUGGACCUUCUGUUUGACCAGGCCUGGGAAAUCAUUGAAGAGAAGAACGUGCUGAGGGAAGCUGAGAGCAGCCAGAUCCAGCUGACCGUCUACCCUCCGCUUGGAGAAAUCCAGCUCAACAAAAUGCCAAACUGUAUGGCUGUUUCCCAAGACUAUGUGUUUAUUGGAGAAGCCAAAGGGUUCUCAAUUUAUAAUCUGUACAAUGCUAAUCGAAUAUACGCGUGGGAGAAGCUUAAGGUUGAUGUCACUUCCAUCUGGGCCACAGAUUUGGGGAAUGAAAUACUUAUUGCUCCCCUGGAUGAAAUGGGUAUCAUUAGACUCUUUUAUUUUUAUAAGGAUGGUCUUUACCUAGUCAAAGUCAUCAAUGAAGGGGAUGAUACCAGCAAGCAAACUACCUGUGUAAAGAUGGAGAUCUCUCAAGGAGGGAACUUUGCAGCCUUCCUCCUACAAGGAGCCGGAGACAUUUGGCUGGAUGUGUAUAAAUUGCCCAAGGAGACUUGGCUCAAGGAAGUAGAGAACCCCCAACUCACUUCAAAUCCAAAGAAAAAAGUCAGACAGCUGCAACUGAAUACCCUUGGUCCCACUUCUGCAGAUCAUUUAGAAAUGGAUAUAAAUGUUUGUUUUAAAGGAGACAUUAAAUUGACUCUUCCGGUUUACACAAUGAAGAUCAAACCACCUAAACCUGUUACAGGCACCACAUUCAAAAGCCCCCUGGAAGUCUUUGCAAAGAUAGAGGACUGCUACGGCCUGGGCUCCGGGCAGAAUCACUUCAUCAAGGACAGUCAGUGGGAGCGGCAGGCUGAGAUUUUCAAUGCUUCCUACAGAAAGUGCCUAGAUGGGGAGUGGGAGGAGGAGCCACUCAGUACGGCCACCUUCUAUUUCCUUCUUCCUAGCUGCCUGUUUGCAAUGCCCAUGGAAGUCAAGGGCCCCCCAGGAAUGGCCUGUGUCCUUGGUGUACACUGGAGCAGAAGUCACAAUUUCUUCCUGUAUUCACUAAACCGAACUCUGAAGGAUAAAGCUGACCCCGAGGGCGUGUGGCCCUGUGCUGCACCCAUUGUAGCCUCUCAGCUCAGCUGCUCCUCCUCCUACCUGGUGCUGGCCUGCGAGGAUGGUGUGCUCACGCUGUGGGACCUGGCCAAGGGAUUCCCUCUUGGGGUCGCUGCUCUUCCUCAGGGAUGUUUCUGCCAAAGCAUUCACUUCCUAAAGUAUUUCUUAGUCCACAAAGGACAGAACAUGUAUCCUGAAGGUCCAGUGAAAUCCCAAAUGAAAUGUGUGGUGCUGUGCACAGAUGCCUCACUCCAUCUGGUGGAGGCCAGCGGGACCCAAGGACCCACCAGCAGUGUGCUUGUUGAGAGGCCUGUGAAGCACCUGGAAAAAACCAUCUGUGCAGUGGCCCCAGUCCCAGCCUUACCUGGCAUGGUGCUCAUCUUUUCCAAGAAUGGCUCCGUGUGCCUUAUGGAUGUGGCUAAGCCUGAAACCAUCUGUGCCUUUGCCCCCCCGGGAGCUUUUCCUCCGGAGACCCCCUGGGAGCCAGUGUUCGUCGUGUCUCAACACUAUCCAUGUUUCCUGCUCCGAGGAGACUAUUCACAAGACACUGAGUCCACCGAUGAUGCUGAGAUCCAGUAUUCUGUUUUCUAUUUUAAUUUUGAGGCCUGCCCAUUCCUGGAAAAUAUCUCAAAAAAUUGCACCAUUCCUCAAAGGGACUUGGAUGCCAUGGCCUUCCCCCAGGCACUGCCGUUGGAGAAAAGAUGUGAGCGUUUCCUCCAGAACAGAGAGCGAUGCAGCUGAAGAAUUUACAGGGAUGUGACAUAAUGUUCCUACAACUUACUUUCAAGUGGUCCAGAAAAAUAUUGAUAGAGAAAGAGAGGGAGAUAAAACGUUCACAACUGGCAAAUCUAGGUAAAGUUUCAUUGUAUUACUUGCAACUUUUCUAUAAGUUUGAAAAUUUUCUAAAUAAAAAGACGGAGAGAGGUUAUAACAUUAUUUAUGUUAUAAUCCUGACUCUGAGUAAAAGAGAGAGAAGGCUGGGAAUGUAUACUCCAGUAGUAACAUUGAUUAUAUGCAGGUUGUAGAAGUAUGUGUGGUUUUUUUUCUUUGUGUUUUCCCUGUUUGUAACUUUUCAAAAAAAAAUGUACUGUUUUGGCAAAUAGAUUAAAAAGAAUGGUGAAGAAAUUAGUGAAGAGCAUGAGGUUUGCUCUAGUCCGUAAUGAGUAGUUCUCCUGCGAAGGGGGUCUUGGCUUGGAGCUUUCUGAUGCCCACCUAGAGCCUCUGAGACCCCCUGCUGAAUGAGCUUGUUUCCAUUUCUCUCAAUUCUUGUCUAACCCCCUCCUCUUACUGGCCUAAAAGUGUCAGCCUUGCCAGUUACCCAGGCCAACAGGCCGCCCUACUUGUGGGAAAGGACCCAGAGCCAGUGGCUCCAGCUCUGGGCGGCUCAUCUUCUACCUGACCACAGGCUAACUGUUGACACUUCUCACCCUCAACCAAAGGCACCUAGUCCACAGACACCUGCUGAACCCAUGAAGGUCUCUUCAAGUGUAGAACUACUACGUCAACAGAGUAAUUUCCCAUUGCAAAAAGUGUAUUCAUUAUUUCUGAGUUGUUAUAUAUUCACUUGUAGAAAAUUGGAAAACAGGCUGAGCAUGGUGGCUCACGCCUGUAAUCCAAGCACUUUGGAGGCCAAGGCGGGUGGAUCAUCUGAGGUCGGGAGUUCAAGACCAGACUGACCAACAUGGUGAAACCCCGUCUUUAUUAAAAAAGAAAGAAAGAAAGAAGAUUGGAAAACAGGAAAGUAUAAAAAAGAAAAUGUAAAUAACCCAUCACGCCACACUCGAAGUCACCUUCAUGGCCACUACUACGUUAGCGCCUCUCCCCUCAGCUUCAUCCCUUGGCAUUUUCCCCACCUGAGAUGGUGUUUCAUGGUCCCUUUCUUUAUUUGGAUUUAUGUCACUCCAGAAUAUAACUUAAUGACAUUUUUUUUUUUUGACGGAGUUUCACUCUUGUUACCCAGGCUGGAGUGCAAUGGCACAAACUCAGCUCACUGCAACCUCCGCCUCCCAGGUUUAAGUGAUUCUCCUACCUUACCCACCCAAGUAGCUGGGAUUUCAACCAUGUGCUACCACGCCCAGCUGAUUUUUUGUAUUUUUAGUAGAGGUGGGAUUUAACCACAUUGGCCAGGCUAGUCUCGAACUCCUGACCUCAGAUGAUCCGUCCAUCUUGGCCUCCCAAAGUGCUGGGAUUACAGGUGUGAGCCACCAUGCCUGGCCCUUAAUGACUUUUUAAUUUUGAGAAAAACAUCUUUAUAAAUAUGGUUUUUCUAGCCCACGUACUAUUCUGUGGGAAGGAUGUCUCUAUCGUGUCUCACUCCUCUGCAGUUGGAACUGUUGGGUGAAGGAGAAGGCCAUCCUUUCUCCCCUGAUGUCCCCCAGUCUCCGGAACACCAGAGGCCCAUAUUGGCCCCCCAAAAGGGAAUGGAAGGGACUCUCCCUCCUUCCCCUUCCCCGCUGUCUCUCUCCUUGUCAACAUAGCUUAGGUCCUGGGUUCCAGCCCCAGCUCCUCUUCAGAAAGGUCCCCAGCAGCGGGUUGCGGUGCAGAGGAUGGCCUCCUGAGAAUCCCUCUGCAGGAAGAGGGCUAGAGGCAGCAGGGCUGAGCAUGGUGGGGUGGGUUGUCCAGGAGCGGGGCCUGGGGCUCUGGGGAACAGAAAAGUAGGAAGAGCGCUCCCCAGGGAGGGAACACAGUGUGUGGCGAGGGGCAGCCCCAGUUCCUACUUCCUUGAAUUGGGCUCAGAGGCGCAUUUACUUGGAACGGAUCACAGUAUCUGAGUCAUAUGCCUUGGGGCCACCAUUUUCUGAUCUGGGUCCCAGAGAUCUAUUGGGAAACACCAAUUUAAAGAAGGCUUUUCCUGUUCUACUUGCUUCAAGUUGCGAUAUCUGGGUCUUUCCCCAAAAGUGCUCCCCUGUUACCUAACAUUGUUUUUUUUCUUU